UUAUUAGUUAUCUAUUUUAUACAUAUUAGUGUAUACAUGUAAAUCCCAAUCUCCCAAUUCAUCCCACCACCACCACCCUCUCCCCCCACUUUCCCUGCCCUGGUAUCCAAACAUAUGUUCUCUACAUCUGUGUCUCUAUUUCUGCCUUACAAAAUGGUUCAUCUGUGCCAUUUUUCUAGAUUCCACAUAUAUGCAUUAAUAUAUGAUAUUUGUUUUUCUUAGCUUUGUUUUGUUAGUUUUUUGAUCUGCUCCAUGCCCCUACCCGCCAAACUCAGCCUAUAAAUUCCUCUUCUUUUCUUUUAAAAAAAGAACAAGAUAUAACAGCUCUCUCUCUCUCUCUGAACACUUGGUUUUUCUUCAUCAACUGUUCCAUCUCUUCUGUUUUUAUCUAAGCUUCUCCAAGGCAUGGUCUAUACUUACUGUCUUCAUUUAUUUACUUCCUUAACCCCCUAAACUAUGGUUUCUACCCCCUUGUCUGUACUGAAAGUGCUUCCACUAAGGUAAACAAACUCCUACUUGCCCAGUCCGUUAGGGAUUUUUAAAUUCUCAUCAUUUUUGACCCCUUGAUAUUCUACAUAAAGAUCAGUCACCCCCGUCCUUGCACAAUAUUCACAGCAAUCUAUCAGAACUUUUCUUACUUUUAUCUCUAUAGGAUAAAGUCAAACCUGAGUAAGGUCAGGCAUGAGCUGACCACUGUCCACCUUUCAGUCGACUCUCCUGUCUCCCCUGCUCCCCACAAAUAUUUUAUGUUGUGGCAAUACCACUUAAUGUCUCUUGUGCUGGUUUAUCUUCUGUUGUUUCCUGUGCCUGGAAUGCUCUUCUCCACCCUGUUAACCUAAUCUUUGUUAUCUUUCAAAGUGCUCAGGAUUCACCUCCUACUUCCUUGAUCAUACUUCCAAAAAGUUAAUCGCUUCUUGUGUUUGAAUUCACUAUUUCUGGGUGACUUAUUUCAGGUACGUGUUAUCUCCCGUAUUUCCCUCUAGGUUUUGGAUGCCCUGAGGGCAGUAUUUGGAUUUUAUUCAUUCUCACUUUCUUUAGUAUUUAGCUUGGCACAGAUGCGGUGUCUGGUUCAUGUUUGUUGAAUGGAAUCACACGAGACUGUAAGCUUUGUGCAUUUUAUGAAUAAAUGGGCAAAUAAGCCUAAUUGGAACCACUUGAUAAGGUGCAAAAAAGAGAGAAAACUAGAUAUAUUUGUUGUCUCCAUUUUUAUUAAACAAGUGGUAAAGAAAUUCUUAUUCUCAGAUUGUCUUGUAAAGGACAUAGGCACCUGAGAAGAGAAGAAUGCCUGGAAUGAAAUGUCAUCUGACCAAAGGAACCCUAAGAAUUUUAGGAAAGGAAGAUGGAUCAACCUAGUGGGAGGAGUUUUAUGCAAGUAUUAUGUGAAAAAUAUAGUCCUGAAAACUUUCCUUACCGCCGUGGUCCUGGGAUGGGAGUCCAUGUCCCAGCCACACCUCAGGGCUCUCCUAUGAAAGAUCGCCUCAACCUCCCAAGUGUACUGGUGUUGAACAGCUGUGGAAUAACCUGUGCCGGAGACGAAAAAGAAAUUGCUGCCUUCUGUGCUCAUGUGUCAGAAUUAGAUCUUUCUGACAAUAAACUCGAAGACUGGCACGAGGUCAGUAAAAUUGUGUCAAAUGUUCCCCAGUUGGAGUUUCUAAACCUGAGUUCCAACCCUCUGAAUUUAUCGGUUUUAGAAAGAACAUGUGCUGGGUCAUUCUCCGGGGUUCGAAAACUUGUUCUCAACAACAGCAAAGCUUCUUGGGAGACAGUCCACACGAUACUGCAGGAGUUACCAGAUUUGGAAGAGCUCUUCCUGUGCCUUAAUGACUAUGAAACAGUGUCUUGUCCUUCUAUUUGCUGUCCUUCUCUUAAGCUACUACAUAUAACAGACAAUAACCUCCAAGACUGGACUGAAAUACGCAAGUUAGGAGUUAUGUUUCCUUCACUGGAUACCCUCGUCCUGGCCAACAACCAUCUGAAUGCUAUUGAGGAGCCUGAUGAUUCAUUGGCUAGGUUGUUUCCUAAUCUGCGAUCCAUCAGCCUCCACAAGGCAGGUUUGCAGUCCUGGGAAGACAUUGACAAACUAAACUCAUUCCCUAAACUUGAAGAAGUGAGGUUGUUAGGAAUUCCUCUUCUUCAGCCAUAUACCACCGAGGAGCGAAGGAAAUUGGUAAUAGCCAGAUUGCCAUCGGUUUCCAAACUUAAUGGCAGUGUUGUCACUGACGGUGAGCGAGAAGAUUCUGAGAGAUUUUUUAUUCGUUACUAUGUGGAUGUUCCACAGGAAGAAGUGCCAUUCAGGUAUCAUGAACUAGUCACAAAAUAUGGGAAGUUGGAGCCUUUGGCAGAAGUGGACCUGAGACCCCAGAGCAGUGCGAAAGUAGAAGUCCACUUUAACGACCAGGUGGAAGAAAUGACCAUUCGUCUGGACCAAACAGUUGCAGAACUGAAGAAACAGUUAAAAACUCUAGUGCAAUUGCCCACUAGCAACAUGCUUCUCUACUAUUUUGACCAUGAAGCACCCUUUGGCCCAGAGGAAAUGAAGUACAGCUCUCGAGCCUUGCAUUCUUUUGGCAUUAGGGAUGGAGACAAAAUUUUUGUGGAAUCCAAAAUAAAAUAACCUCUGCCAGCCUUGUGAGCUCACACACUUUAGGACUCGCAGGGCAUUUGUUCCCAUGAGGUUUCCUUCAGGAGGGGGAAGGUUGCUCUGUUUUGUUUUGUUUUGUUUUGUUUAGGUUUCAGGGGGGUUUUGUAUAUUUCCCCCUAGAAUGGGUAGGGGGCUGUUUUUGGUAUUUUCUACCACAGAUUCCUUCUACUCUGCCACCAGAAUUGGCCACAUCUCCAGUUUCUGUGCCCUCCCUCCUGAGAGGGGACUAGGCAGCCACCGACUUCUUACUGUGUUCACUGGGAUCUGUCUAGCACUUGGUCCUCAUGACCACUUAGGUGUACUUGUGAUGAUGGCGUGAACAGCACUGUCCCCUCAGAAGAGUAUCUUGCACUUAAAUCAGGAAACAAGGAAUCUUUCCAGGAAGGGCCAGCACAUCUCUCUCCCAAUUCCUCCUUUUCCCCCUCCCUCUCUCUCCUUUCCUUCUUGGGUUCAGUUUUUCAUUUUGACUUGUGUCCAUACAUGUUUACCUUAGUUUUAUUCCGUCCAUAAUGAACUUCUUAUUUUUCACCUUGGGUAACUUUUUUCUUCAUUUCUCCCUUUUGAAGUAAUUUCAAGUGCGUCAAGCGUUUGUCAACCUGAUUCUGAUCUCAGGUACUCAGUUAGAACCUAUAACUCUGUUCGGGUCGGGAAGAAGAGUCGGUGGAGUGUUAAAAUUCCAGGAAGCACAGGCACACAGCAGCCUGAUCACUCUGUAUGUAACUGCCUCAAUUUUAAUGUUCCUCCCACAGUAUAUCAACCAUUACUGACGUGAGCUACGUCACAUUCCAGAGUUCUUCGCUUUUUGCUUUCUGAACGUAUUUCUUCAUAUCUAUCUAUCUUUCUCAUUACUUUAAACUACUGGGAAUGGAGGCCUGACUUUAUGAAGAAUCCAACAGAGCAAUGGAUAUACGUGUCAGGAGAGCUGAGAAUUAGCUAAUAAACUCUCUGUAGUGUGCAUGAGAGAGUCGAGUGGGGGGAGCACGGGAGAACGAGUACUGUGACUUUCCUGCCUGUCAUCAUUUGAAGCUUUUGCUCUUGCACUUUGCAUUCGAAGUGGGAAAUUUUAAUCAAAGGGAGCUUUGAUUCCUAGUUGUUCCCUGGGAUUUUGUGAUGUCAUAAUUGAACAAUUCUUUUUGUUUUACAUUUCAGCUUAGUUGCCCCUACAGAAGAACAACUCUGACUGAUCUCUGAGUAAAGUAUAAGUGUCAAAACUUCAGAUUUGCCUCCAAGUCAUAUUUUCUGCAGAAGCAUAUUUAAAGCACUUUCCUUUAAAAGGUAGUCCUUACCUGCUCUGAAAUCUUUUUGUUUGUUCUUCUAUUCCUUUAAUUUGUAAUCUCUUUCUUUAAUAUAUGUCUUUCUGGAUCCACCAUGUUUACAGAUAGGAGACUUGAGAAGGACUUAGUGCACCUGGGGCAGAAAAUGUGCACAUGAAGUAUUUUUCAAAGAAUGUAAUCGGUACCCGAUUGCAUUUGACCUUUUGACCUUUGUUACAUGAUUCCGUCCUCCUACAAAUUCUUUAAUUUCUUAUGAAAUUUUUAGGUGAAUCUUGUAAACUCUUCACGGACGCUACUUUUUAAAUUGUCCUAUGCCAUGAUAGCAAAUGUUUAUUCUCUUGAUGCACUUCAGGUUCAGUAUCUGUAAAGCCUUUGACCCAGGCCUGCUGAGUCAAAUCUACAUUCACUGUCACAUUGAAAGUGGAAACCAAAGGGGUUGAGGAAGAUGAAUGAUGCCUGUUCUCCUUUUGCUUUAUCUUUCAAAAUCAUAAAAUCAUAAAAAUGAGCUAUGGAGAUCCAGGCUGGGUAUAGACAUGAAUAACUAUUUUGCAAUCACAUUUUCCUGACAGGUUUUUGGAAGUGGGAAAAAAGUGUGGCAACAGUGUCAGGAAGAUUAAAACUGUGGAUGCUUUGUGUACGUGUGCGUGAGUGCAGACGAGUUUGAGUGAGAAACAGUGUAACUGAGCUUUUGUCAGCCUGAGAAACAGAUGCCCCCUUAUUUUUUGAGGUUGUAUGACCCCCGACUGUCCCACAGCAGAAAGCAGAGCAAACACUUAUGCUUUAAUCAUCAGUGGAAUGAUGACAAUAAGAUAUUUUAUAUAUGACAAAGUUUUAUGAACUGCUUUUUUACUCUUAGAGACCUGUUCCUUCUGCUAUUACAGAACACAGCGCUCAUCAACUGCAGGCGUAAUUCUCUGAUUACACAGUUGCAUGUCAGGGGAACUUCUCAUUUAAUUCAGUGGCCGUGGCUAUUUUUAGGGCAUUGUAAUUGAUGGUUUUAAUAACUGCGAAAUGAUUUUUGAUUGAGACAAGAUCGAAUGCAAUUACCGGUCUUUUAGAGUUACAGAACAGAAGUAAAUGAGAAAAGAUAUUUGAGCAUGUAUACGUGUAGACUGAUUUGGGUGGCUGAGUAAAGAUGCUGCUUUUGAAAUAAAAUUGGUGCUGUGUAGACACUUGUAACCAAAAUUAUUUUUAUAACAGGUCAAAAAGAAGGAGGGGAGAGACCAUGGACUUUUGAGUCUGCAAGUUAUGCAUAAUUGAUUGUAGCUUAUCUGUAUUUUCAUGUUAACUUCAUCCAGAUUCAGUGAGAGCAUAUUAUUGCCAUUCAUGAGGCAAAAUUCUGUCGUAGCCAGUAUUACAGACAUGUCGCCACAGGCACAGCGCAUAGAACAUAUCUUCUCUAAAAUAGAAAUUUUUGUCAGUUCUGAAAAAGGAAAGGAGUAAUAGAAGAAAGCCAAGUAAAAACUGAGGCAUCAUUUUCAUGUGGGCAUGUAGCUGCUGACACCACAGUGGAAAUCAGUUUUUGAAUUUGAAUUUUUGAAAUAUCCCAGAUUGCUUGAAAGAAAAAUAAAAAGUUCAGAGUCAUAUAUCUUUUUUUAUUACUGAAAGUUUCUAUUGUUUCUGCAACCUGUUGCCACCAUGGCCAUAAACACAUAAGAAAGCAGCAGAUAUUAUAUAACUCUUGUUCCUUUAAGACCUUUUGGUGAAAACAAGCCCAAAACAUUAGCUAUGUGUAACAGAGCCGAAUGUUAUGAUGCUGGUGUUUUUAAAGUUUGUUUACUUAAAAAAAACAAAAAACAAAAAACGUUCAGUUCUAACCAGAUGUUUCAGCUAUGAUGCUAAGUCAGCAGUGUUAGGGACAGGGAAGCCUUGUUGCACAAGGAAUUAUCACCAUUUGAGGCACGCAGGUGAUAGUUUCACGAGCGCGUGUGUAAAGGUGGCUUGCUCCAUGGGAGGUGCUAGGCUCCAGGGCAAAUAAAACAAGAGUACAGAAUAAUAGAUUGUUCUAAGCAAUGUCAUUUCUGUUUAUGAAUUUGAUUUUCCCCUCAUUUCAUGUUAGAUUGACAUGCAAACUGCUUUCAAGAACACCCAGAAGCUCUCUGUGUUACCAGGUGUGUUGUGAACACUAUUUUUCAUAGGUGCUUCCUUCAAAUAUAUGUCCAUUGUAGUGAUGGAGAGGGACUGGACUCUCUCAGGCUCUUUACUUGCCAGUUGUCUCCUGCAGUUCAUGGAAAUAUAUAUUUUAUUUUAGAAUAUAAUUUAAACAUGAAGGUCUAUUCUUUGCACUUUUAUUAAUAUAUAUAUAGAUAUAUAGAUAAUCUUUAAAAAAAUUAAAAAUCUAAA